GCUCUUAAAUGAGGGAAAAAAAUGUUGGGGUAGCAGAAAACAGAUUAGUUUUUUUUUUCUUUUUUUCUCUCGUUGUUUAAAUUAUUCGGACAGUGUUUAGCUACUUAGUUAGUUAGCUUAUUAGAGAUAUUUCUCUGACUGCUGCUCAUGAUGAGAACUGUUGACAUGAGGAGCUUCGUGUUGCUGCUCGCAGUUCUUCUGUCAGGUUUCAGAGUCCGUGCAGAAGAGACGCCGCCCCACAUCGUCCACCAGCCCACUGAUGUGGUGGUGAAAGCUGGCAACCCUGCCUCCCUCUCCUGCCGGGCCGACGGCAACCCAAAGCCGGUCAUCGAGUGGCUGUACAACGGUCAGCCGCUGCAGACAGACCCGUUGCAGCCCAUCAUUUUGGUAGAUGGGGCCCUGUUCUUCCUGAGUGUGGGAGGGCGAAGGAAAGGUCAAUUGCAUGAGGGCAUCUACACCUGUGUGGCCACCAACAGCGCAGGCAAGGCCACCAGCCGCAAUGCAUCGCUACAUAUUGCAGUGUUGAAGGAGGAGUUCAAUGUGGAGCCCAGUGAUGUGGAAGUGGCAGAGGGGGAGGUGGCUGUUUUAAACUGUGAACCUCCAACUGGACAUCCGGAACCUAAUGUUUACUGGAAGAAGGACGGCUUGCCCAUCAACAGCAGCGACCAGCACUACACAGAGCUGAGUGGGAAGCUUAUCAUCGCUCCUGCAGAGAAGAAGCACUCCGGCGUUUAUGUGUGCGUGGCCAGCAACACUAUGGGGGUGAGACAGAGCAGGGCGGCUCGGCUCUCUGUGCUGGCCAAGCCCACAUUGGUGCUGAAGCCAGAGAAUGUGUCGGUAAGAUUGGGGGAGUCUGCCCAGUUCUACUGCCGAGCUAAAGGUGACCCUCCGCCUGCUGUGGUCUGGAGCAGAGAGCAGGGGCCACUGCCCAACGGCAGGUAUCUCGUAAACCCAGACCAGACUCUCCAGAUCCACUAUGUGACAGCCCAGGAUGCCGGGAGGUACACCUGCACUGCUGUCAAUGAUGUCGGGGUGAUCACUGCCAGUGCACAGCUACUGGUUGACGAUGCUACGAGCACGAAACAGAAGGACCUCCACAAAGAGCUGUCAGCCCUGCGAGUCAUUCUGGAGAACAUCAUCAUCGUGGCUCCUGGGUCUAACACAUCCCUCGUGAAAUGGAAGCUCCAGUCCCUCCCAGCUCAGCCCCACUACCUCGACGGCUUUGAGGUUCUGUAUCGCUCUCUGCUGCCUGCCACCUCAGACUGGACAGCACAGAAGGUGACACCGGCCAGCUUCCAAGCGCAGGUGGGCCCUUUAAAGAGAGGCUACAAGUACGAGUUCAAAGUUCGUCCCUAUGGCAGCAGCUUGUAUGGGAGGGAGAGCAACACUCAGCACCUCAGAGUACCUGAAACAGUGCCCAGUGCUUCUCCGCUGGAUGUGUCCAUAACAGUGAGCCAUGAACAGAACAACACCAUUCGUUUGAGCUGGAAGCCUCCUCCUCAUGAAACCCACAAUGGCAUCAUACAGGGGUACCAGGUGUGGUGUGUGGAGUCUGAGGAGCAUCAGUUCCAAAACUGGACGGUGGAUAGCGGCCACCACAACCUUAAUAUCUCCACUCUCAAACCAGGGAAACGAUAUUGGAUCACCAUAGCAGCAGUCAACGGAGCUGGAGUGGGAAUGCUGAGUGACGCUCAUGGAUUUGUCAUCAAUCCACAGUUAGAUGGUCCUCCUGAAUCAGGCAGCCAAACGCGAGAGCUGUCACAUGUCAUGGCCCUGUUUCAGGACCCAGUGUUGAUCGGCAGCAUCGGUGCUCUCCUGUGGUGUGUUCUGAUGGUUGCAGCUGUCUACCUCUUCAGACGCCACAGCAGGACAGGCCGCCUGAUACCAGGACAUGGCAAGGCUAAAGGUUUGCGCAGACUGGCCAGUGAAGAUCUCAUUAUCAAACACAGGAUGGCAGCUCCAGAUUCACCAUGGAUCUCUGGAGGCUGGAGACCUGCUUUCAACCAGAAAUAUCAGGACUUAUGGGCCCAGGGUCAGAGACACCCCGGGAUCAGGAGCACCAGCCUCCCAGCCUCAUCCAAAAAGGACAACGCCUGCCUGGAGUCAGCUGUCCCCAUCGUGACUGACAGCUGCGGUGUCUAUGGCACUUUUUAUGUGGACCUGAUGGGCAACGGCCUCAAGACCUUCAACAGUCCUGGGCGUUGCCCUAAAAGGCCUCAUGGUUUAUCCCACCAGCAAGGAGCUGAGACCAUCCAGAUAUUCAGUCAGCCUGCCUCCAAGUCCUCGCCCCUCAGUAGCCGGGAGGCUCUUCCGUGGAAACAGGCCAUACGACCUCAGCCCAAGAUGGGUGUGCUGAGGGAAUCAUGGGAAAAGAACUGCGGCAAACAAGAGUUGCAUGCAGUGAACAGUGUCCCCAUCCUGUCCACAAGGAACCAGGCUUGUCCAUCCAGUGUCUACAAACAGAGACUCAGUCACAUACCAGCAGGCCGGCACGGUGGACAUCCAGAUUGUGGUAAAGCUGCUGUUUGUCCUCGUCUGCUGCAUUACUCUGCAUCGCUGCACCUGGUAGACAUGCUGCCUCCCCCACCACCGAUGCCCACAGAGGACAGUGCAGAUACACACAGCUGCACCUCAGAUGAAGGCUCCAGCCGCUCCACAAAGCUAACAGUGGACACGGGCUCUCUCCAGUCAAUAUGUCCUCCAUCAGGUCACCAUGGGCAACCUGGACCAACCACCAGCAGCUGCCCCUCCUACAGCCACCUGUCCACUGCAUCGUACUCCAUGUCAGCGGAUAACGAACACGGUGGCACACUGACAGCACAGGAAGCCACCGAAUACCUGGAGCUCAGUCCUAAACCGGAGAGAUGCAGUGUUCUCCCGGAGCAGCGUCCCUCCCUGCCCCACCACUUCACCCCCAACCUAGGCUACCUCUGUGGCCCGGUCCGCUCCACUCAGAUGGAGGAUGACACCGCCGCCGACGAGCCUGAGCUCCCACCCAUCGGCUUGCGUCGCGCCCGCCUUCAGAGCACGCCGUCGUCCUGCUACAGCGACUGGGACAGCUCGCUUUGGAACACCUGGAGCUCGGUCACGGAUGGAAACCUGGCCAGUGCCCGCACCAGCCUCAUCAGCUCCGUGGACAGCUGCUACACCAACGACAGCACCAACUUUGCCCGUCUACUGGCUGUGGCAGCAGAGACCAUGAGUGGAGCCUCUUUGUCAG